AUGCGUAGCACCAUAGAAGCUGGUGGCCAAAAUGAAUACUUAGGCAUAACUGAGCGACUUGUGAUCACGCCACUGACAGAUCAGUGCUAUAUCACAUUAUCGCAGGCUAUUGGCAUGAGCCAGGGUGGUGCGCCCGCCGGACCCGCUGGCACCGGUUUGGGCCGCAUUUACAAGGGUUUGGCUCAGUCAGGCACAUGGGGUUGCUUCGACGAAUUCAAUCGAAUCGAAUUGCCUGUACUGUCUGUGGCAGCGCAGCAAAUUUACAUAUGCCUCACAGCCAGGAGGGAGAAGAAGGAAUUCUUCAUUUUCAGUGAUGGUGAUACAGUGAGCUUGAACCCUGAGUUCGCUUUCAUCAUCACCAUGAACCCGGGCUACGCUGGACGUCAAGAGCUACCGGAGAACUUGAAGAUUCAAUUCCGUUGGGUGGCAAUGAUGGUUCCAGACAGGCAAAUUAUUAUCAGAGUCAAGUUGGCCAGCUGUGGUUUUAAGGAUAACAUUGUCUUAGCUCGCAAAUUCUUCACAUUGUACAAAUUGUGCGAGGAGCAGUUGUCUAAGCAGGUGCACUACGACUUUGGGUUGCGGAACAUUCUGUCCGUGUUGCGAACUAUGGGCGCGCAGAAACGAGCGAAUCCUGAUAACACAGAGGAGAACAUUAUGAUGAGAGUGUUGAAGGAAAUGAAUGUAUCUAAGUUAGUAGACGAAGACGAACCCCUAUUUAUAUCGUUGAUUGAAGAUUUGUUCCCCGGAAUGAAACUUACACAAACUGUUCAAAGGGAAAUGCAACGAGCUAUUCUCGUUGUGACGGAACGGACAGGUCUCGUCAAUCAUCCAGAUUGGAAUUUAAAAAUCAUUCAGUUGUAUGAAACGUCACUAGCAAUUACAGCACCUCAAAUGUUUGGACGUUUGGACGUAUCAACCAAUGACUGGACUGAUGGUAUAUUCUCUACUCUGUGGCGAAGAACUCUAAAGGUGAAAAAAAGUGACACGACUUGGAUCGUAUUAGAUGGGCCAGUGGACGCCGUGUGGAUUGAGAAUUUAAAUUCGGUGCUUGAUGAUAACAAGACGUUGACUUUAGCCAACGGAGAUCGUAUCACUAUGGCACAGAACAGCAAGCUGGUGUUCGAGCCAGACAACGUGGACAAUGCGUCGCCUGCUACUGUCAGUCGGAUGGGCAUGGUGUUCUUGUCUUCUUCAGUGCUUAAAUGGAAACCUAUUCUAGAGGGCUGGUUAAGAAAACGAUCGCAAAAGGAGGCUGAUUGUUUCCGUAACGUCUUUGAAAAAGUCUAUGAUGACGUGCACUCAUACGUUCAGCAGAAAUUAGAUGUUAAAAUGAAACUUCUAGAAGCUAUCUACAUCAGACAAUGUAUAGACGUGCUGUCAGGUUUACUCCGAAUAGAACUUCCCCCAGGAAAGAUCCACACAGACCGUCAUCUUGAGCGACUAUUCAUCUUUGCGAUGAUGUGGUCAUUAGGAGCGGUGCUGGAGUUAGAUAUGCGCACACGCAUGGCCGAAUAUAUGACUAAACUUCCUGUGAAAAUGGAUUGGCCAGGAGCCAAAUCUAAGGAAUGGGUUAUGCCCUUCGAGUACAAUGUGUCUAACACUGGAGUUUGGGAGCACUGGUCUGAGAGCGUAGAGCAGUACAUCUAUCCCUCUGACAGUAUCCCAGAAUACGCUUCUAUCUUAGUACCGAACUUCGACAAUGUGUGCAUCACGUUUUUGAUCGACAUAAUCGCAAGUCAGAACAAGGCCGUGCUAUUGAUUGGCGAACAGGGGACUGCGAAAACCGUCAUGUUAAAAAGUUAUAUGUCACAGUACGAUAAUGAAGUGAAGUUAUUUAAGAUAGUAAACUUUUCUUCUGCUACCACUCCUAAUAUGUUUCAAAGAAUAAUCGAGUCGUACGUGGAGAAGAGAGUUGGUAUGACGUACGGACCUCCGGGUGGGCGAGCCAUGACGGUGUUUGUUGACGAUAUAAAUAUGCCUGUGGUCAAUGAGUGGGGCGAUCAGGUAACUAAUGAAAUAGUUCGACAAAUGAUGGAAUGCGGUGGCUUUUACUCGCUAGAUAAACCUGGCGACUUCUUUAUAAUUGCCGAUAUUCAAAUGUUUGGUGCUAUGAUACAUCCAGAUACAAUUAGUACCGGACACUUUUGUAAAUCUCGCUACGACAAGAAGAUUAUAGAGUUUAUGCCUAAACUAGUUCCAGUGACGCGAAUUAUGUGGCAGCAAACCAAAGUGAAAAUGCUACCAACUCCUGCGAAGUUCCAUUAUGUAUUCAACCUAAGAGAUCUAUCUCGUAUUUGGGAAGGUAUACUGCACAUAAAAAGAGAAGAAAUCCAAUCUGUUAAUACAGCUCUGAAGCUUUGGUUCCACGAAUGCUUGAGAGUAAUAUCAGACAGAUUUACCACAUUUGAUGAUAAAAAUUGGUUUGUGGCAAACUUCUGGAAAACAGCUGCGCAGGAGCUGCCAGAAUAUGUUAGUGAAUUCCCAGACGAAGAAACUUACUUUGUUAAUUUCUUACGUGAACCCGUUGAGCCAACUGGAGACGAAGAUGAAGAUUUCAGUACUGAUGCACCCAAAGUAUAUGAAGAAUUACCAUCGUGGGAAUUCGUGCUGAACAAGCUCGUUGGCUUCCAAGAUCUGUUCAACGAACAGAUCAGAGGAGCACACUUAGACUUGGUGUUCUUCCACGAUGCAAUGGUUCAUCUAUUUAUCAUAUCACGCAUCAUUAAUACUCCACGAUCUUACAACGUGAACAACUUUAUGGACGAUAUAAAGGUAUUGUACCGCAUCGCUGGCCUCCAGGGACGCGGUAUCUCCUUCAUAUUUACCGACAAUGACAUCAAAGAUGAGCAAUUCUUAGAGUUCCUCAACAAUAUCCUUAGCUCAGGAGAAAUUGCUAACCUCUUCCCCAAGGAAGAAAUGGAUGAAAUUAUGAAUGAGUUGACACCUAUAAUGAAAAAAUAUGCGCCAAAAAGGAUUCCAGUUCCGGACGUGUUGUAUGAGUACUUCAUCAUACGCUCCAGAGCCAAUCUUCAUGUUGUUAUGUGCUUCUCACCUGUCGGUGAAAAGUUCAGAAACCGAGCUUUGAAGUUCCCAGGUCUUAUAUCUGGUUCUACAAUGGACUGGUUCCAGAAGUGGCCUAAAGAAGCUCUCAUAGAGGUGGCUCAUCACUUCUUAUGGGAAUUCAAGGUGGUGUGUUCGCCCGAUACGAAACAACAAUUAAUUGAAAUAAUGGGAAUAGUACAGGAUAAUGUCGCAGAUACCUGUGAACAAUACUAUGAACGCUUCAGGAGGCAGACGCAUGUCACACCUAAGUCAUAUCUGUCCUUCCUGGAAGGCUACAAAAAGCUAUACAAAGAAAAACAUGAAAGCAUUGCCGAAAUGGCAAGAAGAAUGACAACAGGUCUCGAAAAAUUGGUAGAGGCAGCAACUAGUGUUGAUAUUUUAAAGAAAGAGUUGGAAGUAAAAGAUAUGGAAAUUAAGAAAGCAACAGAGAAAGCAGAAGAGGUGCUUGCGGCCGUAGCAGAUUCGCAGGCAGCUGCUGAGGUUGUGAAGGCCGAGGUAAUGGAGGUGAAAGACCGUGCCGUCAAGCUCGUCAGCGUCAUCGCGGCAGAGACUGCCAUCGCCGAGGACAAACUGGCGGAUGCCAAGCCAGCGCUUGACGCUGCUGAGGCCGCCCUGCAGACCAUCAAUGCUGCUGAUAUUGCCACCGUCAGGAAGCUGGGCAAACCUCCUCAUCUUAUCACGCUCAUUAUGGACGCUGUCAUUAUUCUAUUUAGAAAGCGUAUCGAUCCUAUUAAACCAGAUCCUGAAAAACAAUGUCUGACUGCUUCUUGGGCUGAGUCUCUAAAGGUUAUGGCUGAUGCCAGAUUUUUGAGCAAUUUGAAGAACUAUCCAAAAGAUGAAAUUAAUGCGGAAAUGGUUGAUUUACUACAGCCUUAUUUCCAAUAUCCUCAGUAUACUUUUGAGGCAGCAAAAAUAGCUUGCGGCAACGUUGCUGGCUUAAUUUCGUGGACAAUCGCCAUGGCACAAUUUUAUUCUGUGAACAAGGACGUGCUGCCAUUAAAGGCGAAUCUAGCUGUGAUGCAGGGCAAGUAUCAAGCUGCUAAGAAGGAACUGGAAGCAGCUGAGGCACAGCUCGAAGCGAAGGAGCGAGAGUUGGCACACGUCCAAAAGCAGUUCGACGACGCGAUGACGCUGAAACAGGCGGUACUGGACGAUGCAGCCAAGUGCCAACAGAAGAUGGAUGCCGCUACGGCUCUCAUUAACGGUCUCAGUGGAGAACGUAUCCGCUGGACAGAGCAAUCUGCGCUCUUUAAGGCUGAGAUUGAGCGUUUAGUCGGUGACAUCCUGCUGCUCACUGGAUUUUUAUCUUAUUCCGGACCGUUUAACCAAGAGUUCCGAACUUUGUUGACAUCGAACUGGCUCGGUGAACUGUUGCGCAGAAAGAUUCCUGUGUCUAUGAAUUUGAAUAUAACUGAACAGUUGACUGACACUGCUACGAUUGGAGAAUGGAAUUUGUGUGGGUUGCCAACUGACGAAUUAUCGAUACAAAAUGGUAUAAUUGUGACAAAAGCAGCACGCUACCCGUUGCUGAUCGAUCCACAGAUCCAGGGAAAGAUCUGGAUCAAGAAUACUGAGAAACACAAUGACUUAAUUGUUACGACCCUAAAUCACAAAUACUUUAGGAAUCACAUUGAGGAUUGUGUAUCAUUAGGAAGACCCAUGCUAAUUGAAGAUGUGUUUGAAGACUUAGACCCAGUACUAGAUAAUGUUCUUGAAAAGAAUUACAUCAAAGUCGGUUCUACGUACAAGGUUAAAUUGGGAGACAAAGAGAUAGACGUAACGGCAGGCCACAGGAUAUACAUAACUACGAAACUACCUAAUCCCGCCUACACGCCUGAGAUAUCGGCUAGAACUUCAAUUAUAGACUUUACUGUCACGAUGCAAGGUCUAGAAGACCAGCUACUAGGUCGUGUGAUCUUAAAAGAAAAGCAGGAGAUGGAAGCGGAACGAACUCAACUGAUUAUGGAUGUGACGGCCAACCGACGCAAGAUGCAGGAAUUAGAAGCCAAUUUGCUGCACAAGUUAACCACUAUACAAGGCUCGCUUGUUGAAGAUGUAUCUCUCAUUCAAGUAUUGAACGUUACUAAAGUAACCGCCACUGAGGUAAGAGAGAAGCUAGAUGUCGCGAAAGAGACGGAGAUGAAGAUUAACGUGGCUCGUGAGGAGUACCGGCCGGUGGCGACACGUGGCUCCGUCCUGUACUUCCUUAUCUGCAACAUGUCUCUUGUUUGCAACAUGUACCAGACAUCGCUGGCGCAGUUCCUCGAGCGCUUCGAUAUUUCGCUGGAACGCUCGCCACAAAGCCCCAUUACAUUCAGGAGGAUUGGCUUCAUUAUUGAGUAUUUGACUUACGAUGUCUUCAAAUUCAUCAACCGGGGAUAUUAUGAACAACACAAAUAUCUGUUUACAUUGCUCUUAACUUUGAAAAUAGACUUACAGAGAGGCUACGUGUCUUUUGAAGAAUUCCAGACUUUUAUCAAAGGUGACUUAUAUUUCUACUACCUUCAUAUCACAUCACACAUCAUUACAUCCUCAACCUGUACGGGUUCACUACUGAGCAAAAGCCUCUUCUCGCACGAAGAAGGUGGCGCAGCGUUGGAUUUGAAUGCUUGCCCUCCAAAACCUUUUAAAUGGAUAACAGAUAUGUCAUGGCUGAACUUGGUCCAGCUGUCCGGUUUACGUCAGUUUACGAAUAUACUGAAUCAAGUGACCAAUAAUGAAAAGGGUUGGAAAGCAUGGUUUGACAAGGAAGCGCCAGAAGAGGAGCCAUUACCUGAUGGCUACAACGUUCUAGACAUCUUCAGAAAGCUGCUAGUAGUGCGCUCGUGGUGUCCCGACAGGACUUUAGCUCAGAGCUUGAAAUAUGUUGUGAGUUCUAUGGGAAGUCGGUACUCUGAAGCUGUCAUUGUCAACUACGAGGUACCUAAGUUGAUGACGUUCAAUUUUAAUGCGUUCUUUGUCUACUUUACAAAUAAUAUAAUUAUAUUGUGGAUCACAACGGAGGUUCACCCAAAGUUUCCAAUUACUCUUCUGCAAAUGUCUAUAAAGUACACGUGUGAACCACCAUCUGGUAUAAAAGCGGGACUUAUGAGAACAUACGACGCGAUGAGUCAGGAUUUCCUUGACUACAGUGACAGUCCCUUCUAUUUGCCCCUGAUCUACACUAUCUCAUUCUUACACACAGUAGUGCAAGAGAGACGGAAGUUCGGUCCUCUCGGAUGGAAUAUUCCUUACGAAUUUAAUUCUGCGGACUGGUUGUCUUCUUGUAUGUUUGUGCAGAACCAUUUAGAUUCUCUGGAGCCAGGACAGCCUGUUAGCUGGACAACUGUGCGUUACAUGGUGUCUGCGGUAGAAUACGGCGGGAGAGUCACGGAUGACUAUGACAAUCGAUUACUUGGCACUUUCUGUAAAGUUUGGUUCUCAGACCAAAUAUUUAACGACGAUUUCCAGUUCUACAAGGGAUAUGGCAUUCUCAAGUUUAAGAAUAUACCGGAGUACAUCGAAGUUAUUGAGACAAUGAAAACUGUGGAUCCCCCUCAAGCGUACGGUUUGCACUCCAAUGCGGAUAUUACAGAAAUUCUGGCUUACAGGUAUCAGCGCAAUACUACUCAAGAACUAUUAGAUACCAUACUGUCGAUUCAGCCCAAGGAGUCAAGUGCAGGAGGUUUUUUGACCGCCAUGCGUCAGGAAGUAACUCGAGCACACAAAGGCUGGGCUCUGGACAUGGUCACCUUACACAAUGAUGUUACUAAAUUUCCAUUGGAGGAAAUAAAAGCGCCACCUCCGUGUCCGGUGUACAAAAAGCCAGUGCGUACUGGCUUAACUUUUAUCACCCCGCUCUGGCUACCAUCCGCCAAGAGUCCCGAGCACUGGAUUCUAAGAGGAGUCGCCAUGUUAUGCGACAUUAAGUAA